UGUCAAGUGUAAAGCCAAAGUUUUAUUCUAGAUCCAAGGCUUAGGAUACUAAAAAUACAAAGUUCAUUUCAAGGACAAGGCAAGAUAACUAGGCAAGAUACAAGGCAAGGAAACUCGGUUCAUGACAGGCCAGCGCUUCCCCGUCCUCGCCUUUUGGGGACUAAUGACCCGCACUGCGGACAACAUUCAAGCCUUCAACCAACGGGUGUCCCUCGGCGACGCCAACACGGUCGGGGCCCGAGUCUGUGAUGGCCGUAGCCACAAGACGCGGCGCCAGCCACUGACAAGCGCCAAGAGAGCACAAGAAAUGAAGCAGCUGAUCCAGCAGCUUGACCUCUCCAGCCCUGAAGGAGUCAACAAGCUCAAUGUUAGGGUCUGGGACUGGGAAGGACGGUGUAAUGGGCACGCGGACAGGGAGCUCCGGGACGACCCGGAAGGCAUCCCGAGGGGGCUUAGCCCGCGCCAAGGAGCGCAGGCAAGCCGGUCCGCUACCCCCCAGGGAUGUAAAUGCAAGGCGUCGCCCGCCGAAAAUAAACCGGCGAGACGACAACACCGUCCUUCGCCUAGUAAACCAGUCGUUACCCGCUCGCUCCAGUCCGUCCGCUCUCGUCCAGUCCCCAGUUGUGAGGAGUGAACAAGCGCAAGGACGAAGACCAAGUGCUUGGUAUGAGCUUUAUUAGCUUUUAGCCCCGAACAC